UGCCAAAUGCAAAGUCUUUGGCUUGGACCACCAGGUGACGUACACACUUACACUGUCUUCACCUUUCUCAUGAUGUGGCCAUCAAUAUUGACUAUGUGUCCACCCAAUUCAUCAAAUUGAUUAAUUAUAAAAAAAAAAUGAAAAACCAACACCCUCAAAUUCCAAAUCCCCUGUCCAGCUUCAAUCUCACCUGAAAAUCAAUAACUACCAGAAAAUCAACAACCCCUUAAGGUGGUGGUGGUUGAGGCUUUGCCAUCAGAUAUUUGACAUAUGCAACCAGAUUAGAGACCCAAAAUCGCUCACUGACCCCGCCGCUGAUACUGCUCGCUGGAAAUCAAAUAAAUUGACUUUAGUGUCAUCCCAUCUGGAUAAAUCAAAUAGAGGCCUCGGUACAAUUGCAAUUGCUGAUCAGAAGACAGCAGUGUCAACUGUAGCCGCCACUGUGAUUGAAAGAGUUCAAACUCGGGGAUGGAAAAUGAUAAAAAGGAAAUUGUGCUGCUAAGCUUACGAAUUACAAAGGAGAAUGAGAAAUCUGGCUAAGAAAGAUUCGAAUGCAAUGACAGGAGGUCAAACUAAACAUAAAAAAGUGAACAGGAGGCCAACCACGGGUGAAAUUUUGGAUCCCCAAUACUUGCAAAAACUGGAAGCUGCUAAUGGUGGGGGCCCAGGUUCAACUGCAACAGAUAAGACAGCCUCAAAAAAGAGCAAGCCACAGAAAAAUGUGAACAAGAAUCCAGCUCUUAGGGAUAUAAAUGAUAAGGUGAUCACAGAGAAAGGCUCGGGUGCAAGUAAUGUUUUUGAAGCAACAAUUGGUGAAAUGGUCUCAACUAAAAGUGCAGUUCCUGAUGUGACGAUAAUUCCAAAAGGAGAACAACACAUUGAAGUUCAUUUCAGUAGCAUCUCAGUUUUAUCCCUUCCGGAUAAAUCAAAUAGUGGCCUCAGUAGGACUGCAAUUGUUGAGCAGAAGACGACAGUGUCAACUGUAGCCGCUACUGGAGAUGUAAAGAGUUUUAAGUCAGGGACAGAAAAUGAUAAAGGAAAUGGUGCUGCUAAGCUUACGAAAUCACAAAGAAGGAAAAUGAGAAAAUUGGUCGAGAAAGAGUCCAAUUCCAUGACAGGAGGUCAAACUAAAAAUAAAAAAGUGAACAGGAGGCGAACCACGGGUGAGAUUUUGGAUCCCAUAUACUUGCAAAAACUGGAAACUGCUAUUGGUGAGGGUUCAGGUACAACCGCAACAGAUAAGCCAGCAUCAAGAAAGAGCAGCACACAGAAAAAUGUGAACAAGAAUCCAGCUUUGGGUUGCGGGGAUACACAUGAUAAGGUGAUUGAAGAGAAAGGCUCGGGUGCGGAUAAAGUUUUUGAAGCAACAAGUGAAAUGGUCGCAACUAAAAGUGCAGUUUCUGAUGUGAUGAUAGUUCCAAAUGGAGUACAGAACACAAAAGUUGGCAACGGUAAUACUGCAACAGAUAAUUCAUCAUCAAAAAAGAAAAAGAGGAAGAAAAAUAAGAACAUGGAUUCUGCCUUGGGUGAUGUUAUGAAAACUUUUGAGAAGGCAAUUGAAGAAAAAGACUUGAGUAUGACUAAAUCCUUUGAAGCAAUAAGCAGAGAGAUGGUCACAGGUAAAAACACGUCGAUGGUGUCAAAAGUAGAAGAGCACACAGAAGUUGCCAAUGGCAAAAUAGCAACAGAUAAUCCAGCAUCAAAAAACAAAAGUAGAAGGCUAAGAAAGAACAAGAAUCAACGCUUGGUUGACAUUAUGAUAACUUGUGACAACAUACAGGAGAUGGUUAUUUCAGAAAAAGGCCCAGAUAUAAAUAAGUCCACUGAAGCAACAAGCAGUGGGAUGGUCACAAGUAAAAAGGCAAUUUCUGAUGCGUUGAUGGUGUCAAAAGUAAAAGAGCACACAGAAGUUUCCAGUGGUAAGAGGGGCCCAGGAACAGCUGCAACAGAUACCAUAGCAUUGAAAAAGAGAGAGAUACAGAAGUUAAAGAAAAAGGGCCUAGCCCCAGAGGGCAUUUUGAGUAACAGUGAGAGCACACAGGAUAUGGCUAUUGCGAAUAAAUUCUCGGGUACAAACAAACCUCUUGAAGUAUUCAGUACCGAGUCAAAAAAAGAAGACUUCCCUGAAUUUCUUGGUGGUGAGAAGGGCCAAAAAACAAUUACUGGUGAUGCAGAGAGUACAAUGUUAAAAACUAUCGGGUGUACAAAAGUAGGCAAUAGUGAGAGUGGGUCAACUGGAACCACAACCGCUGCUCAGAACUCGCCAUUGCCAAAAAAGACCCCUUGGCGGAGAAAGAGUCAAACAUCUGUUGGUUUGGAUGCUCCUAAUUACACGGAAGUCAAGCAAAUAACUCAAGUUACAACGUUGGGCAAAAAGCUUGUUAUUUUUGAUGUGAAUGGGUUGCUCACGGAUGUUGUUUUUUCCCCACCAAAGGAUGUUAAAGCAGAUAAGCUUAUUCUAAGACGAGCAAUAUUUAAGAGACCCUUCUUAGAUGAUUUUCUAACCUUUUGCUUUGAGAGAUUCAACGUUGGCAUUUGGUCCUCAAGAACCAAGGCAAUGUUGGACCCUGUGGUUGACUUUCUAUUGGGAGAUAUGAAGAAUAAAUUGCUUUUUCUUUGGGAAGCUUCCCAAUGCACGAAUUCAUGGUUGAGAACUCUUGAAAAUAGACAUAAGCCCGUAGUCUUCAAGGCUUUGAGAAAGAUCUGGGAGGAAAAGGAUCCUAAAAAUCGUUGGAUGAAAGGAACUUUCAAUGAAUCGAAUACAUUGUUACUGGAUGAUUCUCCAUACAAAGCAUUGCUCAAUCCUAAGUACUCGGGAAUCUAUCCAGCUUCUUACAGCUACAAGAAUAAGGAUGAUGACUUCUUAGGUCCUAAAGGGGAACUCAGAACCUAUCUCGAAGGUUUAGCGACUGCUGAUGACGUGAAGUCCUACGUAGAGCAACACCCAUUUGGUCAAGGUGCCAUAGAUGAAGAGAGCCCACAUUGGUCCUAUUACUCACAUGCUAUACGCCGUUACCAGGGUCAAAAUAGGUGGUGAUCCUUCUUAACACAUUGAGCAGCUUAUUGUACAAGUGCAAACCCAGGACUAAACGAUUCUUAUACAAUAGAGUGGCACAGACAUUAGCAGGAAAUUAAUUGAUAACGAGAAGAAAUUUUACGAAGUUUUUGCUGUUCUAGAAAAAUCCAUAUUUGAUUAUUUGAAGAUCGACUGUAGGCUUUCUAGUUCUAGCCUUUUCAAUCUGAAACUCCUUAAAACCAUGUGAAAUGAUCUACACGUGGUUUCUGCUAUAAAACGUUCAGAAACUCCUUAAAACCAUCAGAUUGUAUUGCUGCAUGAAGCAUGUCUAUGUCUUCAUCAUGCAUUGUUUCUUUUACCAAUUUAUGUUUAAUCAAAUGAGGCACAUUUCACUUGCA